CCUGCCUCCUAUCUAUUUCAUCAUACACGACGGAUCUAACCCCUUCUCUCCACAGCUUCGCUCAGUGUGCUUGGGCAUCGCAAUGCCAAUAGCCGGCAUGCACCUCUACUCCAAAUUCACACAACCCCUCUUCAUUCAAGCUCUCAUGGGCAUCAAGAGUCUAUACGACACGAAACCCGUCUCCAUCCACUUACUCGGGAACCCAGCCAUGGGUGAGCUCAUACCUUUCCCACCAGAUCCGCUUUCACUUCGCUGCCUGGCAACUCCCCUUCCUUCCAAUCGAGGUGACGCGUUGAGAACAGUCGGGCGGGUAGCAGCCUGUAAGGCAGACGCUAGGGCGGCAUGGACUCGGACAGAACGUAGGCUGGCAAGAAGAUUGCACCCAACGGACGGAGCUGAAGAUUAUCCUGCUUAGUGUCAACGGCUACCGAUCUCAUCAACAACUUUGCUCGUACAGUCUCCGUUUCGCGUUAACGGGGACGAUCUUCAAGCGAUAGCCCAAUAAAUGGGCGGCCGUAGACCCCUCGUUUGGAUGCAGGAUUGUGGCGGGGAGAGUUGGGGCGCACGCUGGAUCAACACUCGUUUGGAAGCAGGAUUGUGGCGAGGAGGGUUCAGGCGCACGCUGCAGAGAAAAGUUCGUUGAUUUCUCACAAGUCCAGGCCGUCACUAUGUCUUGACAGUGCCCGAGUCCUCAGACAACAGGUCAGGUCUGUUCGGAUUCUACGAGAGCUGGCAGUGAGGCAACACCAGUCUAGUAUCUGCCAUUAUGUAGUGCACACCCAGCUCGAAUGCAUUGAUUUAAUGUUC